AUGCUGAAUAGACAAAUCAAAUCUAAGAAGGUUAAGAAUCUGAUCAAGAAAUUCGAUGCAGAGGAUGAAGAUGAGCAUUAGGAGGAACACGAAAGUUAACAAGAAGAAGUGCAAUAAUAAACGAAACAAUCAUUAAAAUAAUUGUUGUCGGGAGUGAUUAAGAGAGAUGUUAAAAGUGAGAAGGCAAUUAUGGCAGACAAAUAAAAAAUAUUGAACGAACUCACUGGUGAGAAGUAAAAACAAAAAGAAAUUGGAAUAAAGAAAAGCAUUAAAAAGGCUGUAGUCGAAAAAGGACAUGUUGAUCCAAGAGUGUCAACCAAUAGAGAUCAAGAAAGAGAGUUGAAGGUUAUAGCAGCCAAAGGUUUGGUUAAAGUAUUCAAUGUACUUGCUGAUAUGAGAUAGAAACAAAAUGAAUGAGUUUGUGGUGGAAAUUGUUUGUAUUUAAUUAAUUAAAA